AUUGUGAAAGCAUAUGUUUGUAAAAGUUUUUUUUUAUAAAAACUUGGGAAAGUUUUUUCAUACACACUUGGGAAAGUUUUGAUUAAAGAUUUUUUAAAGCUUCCUUAAAAAACUAGGGUAGGUUUCCUUUUCGACGUAAGAAAAACUGUUGGCAAUGUUGUUCGUGUUCAAAAAAAGUUGAUAAAAAUUUAUGAUUUCGAUGUUCUACUUUACUUCAGUGUCAAGCAGUGUCAUUCAAAUUUGAUUUGUUCGAAUUUCGAACAUGGUUUGUUUGUAAACGGAUCGGCUCUCGCGAUAUCGAAGUGGCGGUAAAAUCAAGUGAUCGAGAUUUUGAAUUCGUUCGCAACAGAAAUUUCGUGGUUUGAAAACGUGAUCCAGUUUUAUUGCAUAAAUUUAGUGAAGUAAUGAACCAAUCUACUCAAUCAUCCACGAGGAGCACAGUCUAUGCUUCAAGUCUUCCGUUCGAUUUGACCAACAUUGAUGUUCGGAAGAUUUUUGAGAAAUAUGGUCAAGUCGUCAGAGUUACUAUUCUUCGUGACAAACAAACUCGUAAGAGCAAAGGAGUUGCAUUCGUUCUAUUCUCGAAUGCUAAGGAAGCAGAUCUAUGUUGUACCUCGCUUAACAACGUUGAGAUGUUCGGCCGUACGUUGAAGGUGAGCAUUGCCAAGGACAAUGGCAAAGCGGACGAGUUUGCGAAGCGGCGUGAGUAUCCGGACAAGAGCCGCUGCUACGAGUGUGGCGAGGAAGGGCAUUUAAGUUAUAAAUGUCCCCGGAACGUGCUCGGAGAUAAGUCGCCACCGAGGACGGCUAAGGUGCGGAAGAAGGGCGCUGGUAAAAGGUUUUCCGGCGAGAUGGAAGCUUCUGCCGGGGGAGAUUGUGGGUGGGACAGUGAGGAGGAUGAUCGGUUGCGAAGGAUUGCUGAGAGGCAGGGAGAAGGGCCAACGUCUUUAACAAGUGGUGGGGCAAAAAGGGUUAUGUAUAGAAAGAGUGCAUACUUCAGUGACGACGAAGAAGUAGAUGAGGAUUAAUUUAAUUUAACAUACUAGUAAUUUAAAAAAGUUAAAUUGUUAAUGCGUUUAACGAGAUUAGAUUCUGCUUUUGGUUUACUUGUAUUUUUGAUGACAGCAAAAACAAACUUUGAGCACCAAAAUUCAGUUAAAAAUCUUUGCACAUUGCCUUAGAAUAUAUAUUUGCUUUGCUCCUG